AAUCUAGCUGUGAAUUUGUCAUAUCUGUCAAAUUCUUGUUUUAAAAACACACAAACUUGACUCCAACAAUUUUGUCAUUAAAACUUCUGACCAGCUGAUUUUAGUUUUAUUCUAAUCUUAGUAAAAAAGUGUUUAUAUGAGUAGUAGGCUACAUAAAAAAUUAGAAUAGUGUCGAAAUGGUUCGUGUAAUAACACAAGAUACUUACGAUGAGGUUGUUAAAGAAAAUAUUGAAGAAUUUGAUAUGACUCCAGAAGAAGCGAUCAAGGAGGCAGUGGCUCAAUUUGAAGCUCAGGGUGUGGACCUUUCAAACAUAAUAAAAGACCUUGCUUUAAGUUCUGGAGAGAAUCAUCUCAUCAGUGUUGCAGUUGAAAAGCUGAAAGAAAUAAGUAGCAAAAGUGAAUAUGACGAUAAUGAACUUUUAAAAGAAUUGGACAUAUUAAUGGCGGAAUGCAAAAAAGAUAUAGCCCACAGAGUAAGAGCAGGCAAGGAAGGGGCUUACGGGAUUUUAAUCGAUUUAUUAGAAUCCAAAUUAAAAUUGUAUAAACGGGAACAGAAUUCACGAAAUGAACUUCUUGUUACAACAAUCUUGAAAAGUUUGACGGCCUUAAUGGAAAUGCAGCCUGACUUACUAGAUGAUAAAGCCAUGGAUAUAAUUAAAAACAUAUUGGACAGUGAAGAAAAUGAAAAUGUACUCGUAUCAACAUUGCAGUGGAUAAGUGUGUGUUGUCUCAAGCAUGAAAUGAAUAGGCAGGGACUGACAAAAGAUAUAACAAAUAAUUUGAAAGAAUUACUCAAGAACAAAGAAAAUAAAAAAUUGUUAAGUGAGACUCUACAGGUAAUAAGAAGGCUUACGCUUGAUGAUGACAUAAGAGUAGAGUUCGGGAAAGCUCACGAACAUGCAAGAGACUUGGGCAUUAAUCUGUUGGAUACUUUGAGUGAAUUAUUAGACGAGAGCAACAGUCCGACGAUAGUGUGCGCCCUGCUGCAGACAACAGCGGCCCUGCUGGUGCGCCACGAGCUGUGUGCGCGGGUGCGCGCCGCGCUCGGGCCGCUCCUGGCCGCGCACUACGACGACGCGCACGUCGCGCACCACGCCGCGCGCCUAAUAACAGCGUUAGCAGGCAACGAUGAUGUCAAAAGGGAAUUGGUUAAGACAGGUCUGGUUCCCAUCGUCGUGUCGCUACUUAGGAGACAUUCUAGUAACCCUACAACAACAGCGUCUAUGCUGAAAUGUGUAUCAGCUCUUUGCCUCCGUGAGGCAUCGCACGGACGAGCCUUUUUAGAACAUGGCGUCGCUGAUGUGGUGGUUGAGUGUCUCAACAUACACGAGAAUGUCGCUGAUGUACAGAAAAACGGUUGCUGGGCUGUACGCAACAUGGUGGCUCGGUACCGCGACCACAAUGCAAAGCUUCGCGAGCUGGGAAUCGAAGCGGUACUACAGCGAGCGUAUGAUAAGUUCGCGGAUCAAUUCGGCUUUGAUAUCAAGUCGGCGUUGAGAGACUUAGACUGUGAUGUUAAGUUCGAUGAGCAGUGGAAGGGAAGGGGGGUGCAGAUGGAAAGAUAGAAGUAGGCCUUUUAUGGUCAAUAAAAGGUGGUCAAAAAAAUAACACAAGAAAAAUAACGUAACAAAAAAUUACACAUGAGAGCCCCCUACCUAAUGUGACACCUUGUUUGCAAUUUUACACCUAGAGAUUAUUAAAUUAAAACAUUUGUUUUGA